CCAAUUAAUGAAGUACUUCUGAAGUGUAGUUGCAAUAGGAAAUGUGGCAGCAAAUGUGGGCACAGCCAGCUUUCAUGAACAGCAAUAUGAUGACUAAAUAAACUGUUUUUGUGGUGUUGAUGAGAGACAAAUAUUGGCCAGCAUUCGGGAAUAUUGGCCAGCAUUCGGGAAUAACUCCCUUAUUCUUCUCCAAAAUUGUGUCAUGGGAUCUUUACAUUCAACCAAGCAGGCCGACAGGGUCUCAGCCUAACAUCUCAUCUGCAUCUCCCAACAGUGCAGUACACUGUCAGUAUUGCACUGGAGUGUCAGCUUUGAUUUUUGUGCUCAAGCCUUAGAGUGGGACAUGAACCAGGAACCUUGUGACUCAAGAGGUGCGAAUGUCAUCAACUGAGCCAAGGAUGUGGGUGUCACUGACUAGGAAAGAAUACAUAUGCAAAUAUUACCAAGAUGCUUGAUCUACAGAGGGUAGUAUCUUGAAUGUCUCAAUUAGAUACUUCCAGCUGAUGGCAUAAAAUUUAAAGAAUGGCUUCAACUGAUAUGAUUCCAGAAAAUUUGAAACAUCAUCAGCUAAAGAGCAGGAGGCUUCCCAGUAGGUCAUUUAACCAUCAGACUGAAGCAGAGGGCAGUUUUCUUUUUGAAGCAGAUGAAGCUUGGAAGGAAUAUCACCGUGCUCUCUAUCAGUUCUAUGAAGCCAAAGAACUUUGUGAUGUAACAUUGAAGGUUGGGUCCAAAUUAAUCCCAUGCCACAAAUUGGUGCUAGCCUGUGUGAUUCCAUACUUCAGAGCAAUGUUUCUUUCUGACAUGGCUGAAGCCAAACAGGACCUGAUAGAAAUUAAAGAUUUUGAUGGCGAUGCAAUGGAUGACCUUGUCAAGUUUGCGUAUUGCUCCAGGAUUACACUUACUGUAGACAACGUGCAACCUCUACUAUAUGCCGCUUGCAUUCUGCAGGUAGAACUUGUGGCUAAGGCUUGCUGUGAAUACAUGAAAGCCCAUUUUCACCCAUCAAAUUGCUUAGCAGUCCGGUCGUUUGCUGAGAGUCACAACCGAGUUGACUUGAUGGGCAUGGCUGAUAAGUACGCCUGUGAACAUUUUAAUGAAGUAGUAGAAUGUGAAGACUUUGUAAAUGUUUCGCCGAAGCACCUCAUCGCACUCCUUUCAUCCAGUGAUUUGAAUGUGGAAAAAGAGAAGCAAGUAUAUAAUGCUGCUAUGAAGUGGCUGCACUCAAAUCCACAGCAUCACACCAAGUGGUUGGACCAAGUGGUUGCCCAGGUUCGAUUGCCUUUGUUGCCUGUUGAGUUUCUCAUGGGAGUUGUGGCUAAAGAGAGCAUAAUCAGACAGAAUCUGAAAUGCAGGGACCUGUUGGAUGAAGCUAGAAACUACCAUCUUCAGCUGAGCAACAAGCCAGUACCAGACUUUGAAUAUUCCAUACGGACAACAUCAAGAAAACACACUGCUGGUGUCUUGUUCUGUGUUGGUGGCAGAGGAGGAGCAGGUGAUCCAUUCCGUAGUAUCGAGUGCUACUCAAUUAGUAAAAACAGCUGGUUCUUUGCACCGGAAAUGAACAGCCGGAGGCGACACGUUGGAGUAAUCUCAGCGGAUGGGAAAAUCUAUGCAGUUGGAGGGCAUGAUGGAAAUGAGCAUUUAGGCAGCAUGGAAGUAUUUGAUCCACUGACAAACAAAUGGAUGAUGAAAGCUUCCAUGAACACUAAAAGGAGGGGUAUUUCUCUGGCUUCACUUGGGGGUCCAAUUUAUGCCAUAGGCGGUCUGGAUGACCAUACAUGCUUUAGUGAUGUUGAGAGAUAUGACAUUGACUCGGACCUGUGGAGCACCGUGGCAGCAAUGAACACACCAAGGGGUGGUGUAGGUUCCGUUGCACUCAGGAACUAUGUGUAUGCUGUUGGUGGGAAUGAUGGGGUAGUAUCUUUGUCUAGCGUUGAGAGAUAUGAUCCCUAUUUGGACAAAUGGAUGGAAAUUAAGGACAUGGGACAAAGAAGAGCUGGAAAUGGAGUUGGUGAAUUAAACGGCUGCUUGUACAUAGUAGGUGGUUUUGAUGACAACUCUCCACUCAGCUCUGUGGAACGAUUUGACCCUCGUAUGAACAGGUGGGAGUAUGUGGCAGAGCUGACGACACCCCGCGGUGGCGUUGGGGUGGCGACGCUCAUGGGUAAAAUCUUUGCAGUUGGUGGUCACAAUGGCAAUGUUUAUCUGAAUACUGUGGAAGCUUAUGAUCCGGUGAUGAACAGGUGGGAGCUGGUUGGAUCGAUUUCACACUGCAGGGCUGGAGCUGGAGUUGCUGUGUGUGCCUGUCUGGUCAGCCAAAUCCGAGAUGUGGGUCAAGGAUCCAGCAAUGUUGUUGACUGCAUGUAACUUUUGCAAUGCCUGUGGAAUACAGUGAAGUUUUCUGAAGAAAAUAAUGUCACAGGAAGUUUCAUUCCAACUAGCCAGUUACUGCAGAAUGAGAGAAGGCAUGGAAAAUUGUUUUCAUUCAAUAUAUAAAGUAUAUAGCAUUUUCUUGAAGGUAGAUUUGAUUUCGCAGAACUGUUCUAAAUGGUGAUCUUUGCCAUUGUAAUGAAUGGAAGUGGUUUUGUAAACUGAGCCCUUGUUGGUGUUCUGCCACCUCCCUGGUUGGUCCCAAUUGCAUUGCUGCUCACUUUGAGAGUUGAAUUUCUUAGCAUCAACCAUAGGUUGAGCUUUGCAGUAGUAGCCUCAGACAUAUAAGUCUAGUUGGAGUAUUCCCUGUAGCGUGGUGGCAGGAACAGGUGCUGGAGAAAAACAAGCUUGGUGGUAGUUUAAAAAUGUGACCAGCAAAAAGCACAAAUUUUGUAGAUUAUAUUUCUCAUUGAAAAAUGGGUUUGUUGUUAUGAAGUAUCUUAGGACAUAUCAAAUAUACUUCCUGCGCCCCAUCUCCUGUCCCCCAGCUUUCUCUUUAUAAGCCAUUCGUGGUAAGUAUGUGGCCUUGUUUUCUCUGUAAAACCUUUAAGCAGUACAUAGGUACCUGGCUGUUCAGCAAGAAAUUUACCAAGCAGUAAUUCACCUGUUUUGUGAAGUUAAAUGCAAUGGUGCACUAUCAUUUUAUUAGCUAGUACUAUCUACAAGAUUGUGCUAGAGUGCUAUGAUUUAUAAAUUUUGUUUUUGUCAAUCCUUAACAUUUUUGUACAAAAGCGUCUUGCAAUUAUCAAAUUGUUUGCUAACCAAUUAAUAGGUUUUUUGACUUUUGCUUUAUGUCCAAACUGAACAGCUUAUUAGUGAUCUGCUUUCCUGUGCAAAUUGAAAGUGGUAGCAUUUCCCAAAUUAUAUUUUUUUUUGGGAGACCAAAAUGGGCUAAAAGUUUCACGAGUAUCUUUGAAACCUAUUUUAUAUCAUCUUGUUAUAUCUCUUAAAACUGUAUAUUCUAUAAAUUCUUUGAGAAAGAACACACCUUAAACGUUGCAUUAGUCAACAUAAUUUCAGAUCUCUGUGAAUUGACUUUAUUUUGACUGAAUUUUUUCUUGCAAUUUUAUUUUCAGUAUAAAGGAAUGAUUAUGGAUUUUUGAGAGUGAUUGAAACAGAAGUGGAUAUACAUAAUGUGCUUCUUUUUAAAUUGGGGAAAGCUUUGAGUGUUUCUGUAUUUUUGCACAUUGUGAGUUCCUGAUCACAGCCAAGUUCCUCAUGAGAUGUGCUUUCCCCUAUGGAGUGUAAAGCAUAAGGACAUCUCCAGCCCUCAGUUGUGGCCACUUAUACAGGAAUAUUCGAAAGCUGCUUAGUUGAAGAAUUGUGGGUCGUACAGGGAAGACUGGGACAGAAAAGAAUCUUUCAUAUUAGGACUGGGAAGGAGUUAGGAGAAAGCAAAUACGUGCUGAACGUCUGACUGCAAAUUUAUUUCUAAUUAAAGCUAAUCCAGACUGAUAGCAAUAAGAAAUCUGUUGGCAUUUAGAAUGCUUCAAGUUAUAAUUUAUAAUUUACAGCAUUGGUUGAAGUGGCAUACAAAAACAGUAAAUAAUAUAUAUUUUUGAAUGCUUUAGGCUGUAUAACAAAUAUAUUUCUACUGUACUGAGUGGCUAAGAAUUUUCCCCGUCAUUUGUUUUCUGAACUGGCAAAUAAUAUGCCAGCAAGGAAAAUCUACUUGUUAUAAUUUAGCCCUUAAGCAAUGCAAUGUUUUAAAACAAUGUUUAGAAAGAUUGAUAAACUGAUGAAAAACUAGUUGUCUUUAAUUUAGCAUUCUCAGCAGUCAUUUUCCAUUGAAAUUGGGUUCAUUGUAAUAAUGGGAAACAUGAAUAAUUGCUUAAAAGUUCAAGUAGAAAUACCAAAAUAAUGUUGUGCUUAUUUGAAAUGAAAAGAAUUUAUUUUAUAUAGCUUUUUGCUUUAUUAUAAUGUUAUCAUUUGUAAAUUAUUUGAAAGUUUAUUUGUGGUUAUGAUAUUUCAAAAUGCAAUAAAAUUUAACUACAUUUUUAUUGGCAAUAUUGAGUUACAUUAACUUUGUAGCUUGCGGGAAUGUUUUGCAGCGUUAUAAUCUUUGUAUACAAAUGAGAUUUGUAAUUCGUACACUGAUGCCUUUAAUAUAAUGUAUCUAUAAUAUAUUAAAAAAACUUACAUCUA